AUGGCAGAGAGUGCUGUUACCUUUCUGGUACAUAAACUUUCAGCUUUGCUCCAUGCUGAACAAAAGUUUCUUCAAAAUUUUCAAGAAGAAAUAGUGUAUAUCAGGGAAGCAUUUGAAAAAAUGAAGGCUUUUUCACGAGUAGCCGAUGCAAAAGAAGACGACGUUGAGUUACAAUUAUGGAUCAAGCAAGUACAAGAUCUUACACAUGAUGUCCAAGACAUUCUUGAAAAACAUGUUGUCACAUGCAGCAAUUUUCAAGAAAAGGGAUCAUGGUCAUGGAAGAAACCUCAUCAUUCUUCAAUGUCUGAGAAGUUGUUUGAAGCUCAAAAUGAUAACCUUUCAAUGUUGUUGGAAGGUAUCAAAGCCCGAAUCAUCAUCAUUUCUGAAGGACAUAAAACAUUUCUACAGAAAUAUGGUGUUAUAACAAGUGAUACAUGGUGUAAUAACAGCUAUGAAGAAGUACCUCUUGAUGAUGAUGCAGAUCUAGUAGGCAUUGAAAAUCAUAAAUCAGUGCUUCUUGAUUGGUUAGUUUCUGAUGAUCCAGAAUGGAAAUUGUAUUGUGUAAUUGGAACUAGAGGUAUAGGGAAAACCACCCUGGUCAAGAAAGUCUAUGAUGAUGCUUCAGUGAAGAAGCAUUUCAAUUCUAUAAUGUGGAUUGAGGUUUCAAGGUUUUCUACUGUUAAGGAGCUAUUAAGAAGCAUAAUUACUCCAGAAAAUGACCAAUCUCAUCGAGCAAUUGACGCCAUGGAUGCUAACAUGUUGGCAGCGUUCAUUCAACAAGUCCUUGAGUCAUCAAGGUACUUUGUUGUCCUUGAUGAUGUCCCUGGUGUUGGCACAUGGAGGGCUCUCAAAGGCGCGUUUCCUAUUGGAAACUGUGGCAGCAGGGUCAUCAUCACGUCGUGCUUUGCUGAUAUACAUACCAUCUGUUUAGAACCUGGUGAUCAUAGUCAUUUCUAUAAAAUGAAGCCUUUGUCUGAAGAAGAAUCUUGGAUUCUUUUCUGCAGAAAGGCAUUCUCAGGCAGCCUGCUCUGUCCUCCAUCUUUGGUGCAAGUCUCCAAAGAUAUCAUAGGAAAAUGCAAUGGUUUGCCAAUGGCCAUUUUGGUGAUUGCUGGUGCACUGGCUACUAAAGGGAACAGAACACAGGCGUGGGAGAUGUUUUAUGACAGCCUUGUUGACAAGUUACGAGGUAGUUAUAGCGAAGACGAGAACAUGAAAAGGCUACUCAAUCUAUGUUAUCAAGAUUUGCCUUUCUAUCUCAAGUCUUGUUUCACUUAUCUGAGCAUAAUUCCAAAAUAUUAUGUCAUCGAUAAGAUGAGACUGAUUCGAUUGUUGGCAGCACAAGGAAUUGUCCUUGAAAGACAAGAAAAAGCAAUUGCACAAAUUGCUGAUAAUUAUCUCAAUGAACUUGCAAACAGAAGCUUGAUCCAAGUUGCUGAAAGGUACUCUGAUGGAAGAUUAGACUCCUUCACCAUCCAUAACUCGUGGUAUGAAAUCAUUCUUUCUAAAUCACCAGAAAGGGUCACUGCAACUAUAGCUAAUGGUGAAGAAAUUACAAGAAGGCCUCACAAAAUCAGACAUCUUGUAAUACAUGAUCAGUUGGCUAGUGAUAUACAAGACACUGAUCAGUUUAAGCAUCUUCACUCUCUAAUAACGCUCGGGUCAUCGGCUUCUGUCUCUAAUUCAUUCUUGCUGAAGCUGUUAUCAGACAGUUUUAAGCUACUCAAGGUGUUAGACUUAACAGGAUCCCCGUUAACGAAAAUCCCAGAAGGAGUCUUUGAAUUGUUUCAUCUCAAGUUUCUAAACUUGAGAAGUACUAAGAUAAAACAUCUGCCAGGAUCAAUAGGGAAGCUAGAGAGCCUUGAGUUCUUGGACCUAAGGGACACAUUGGUAGAAAACUUACCUGUUGAGAUACUAAACCUCCAAUACCUUUGCCAUAUCUUCAUUUAUCGACGUGGUGCUGGUUUUUUUCAUGGUUUCAAAGCUCCUAAGAAGAUAGGGACCCUUGUGUCCUUAGAAGUGGUGAAUCUUAUCAAUGCCACUACAAGCACAGUGAUCGAAUUAGGAAAGUUAACAAGACUAAGAAUGUUAGUCAUCGCGAAGCUAAGAAGAAAACAUGGGAGGGAUCUUUGUUCUUCCCUUGACAAGUUGAUAAAUCUUCAGCAACUAACUAUCUCAUCUUAUGGGGUGAGUGACAUUAUUGAUUUGCACUAUCCCCUUUCUUCUGCACACUCAUCCCUUCGAACAUUAACCUUUGAAGGCCGUCUAGAGAGGUUUCCACAAUGGAUAGCCACUCUUCGAGCCUUAACCACUGUUCAUCUAAAAUGGAGCAAGUUAAUGGACAAUGCACUAGACACUCUUCAAGAUUUGCCCAACCUUAUGAACCUCGUGCUAGACCGGGCCUACGAAGGCAAAGAAUUGAGAUUCAGGGCAGGUGGAUUCAAGAAACUGAAGGAACUAUGCAUUUGGAACUCUACAAAACUGAGACAAAUGAAAGUGGAAGAGGGUGCAAUGCCUCGUCUUGAAGAGCUUCAACUGCGCAACUGCAGAUUAAUGGAAGAGUUGCCCUUUGGGAUUGAGCAUUUGAGCAAGCUUCAGUAUCUUUCACUUGAAGAGAUUUCAGAAAAGUUGUUAGUAACAGUGCAGCUUAAGAGCAGUCAAAAUGGGGAUUACUGGAAAAUUGCUCAUGUUCCCAGAGUUCAUGUAGAAGACUACUAG